GUCAUUAAAAGCGAAAAAUCGUGUCACUCCAUUUAACCAUCUCCUCUCUCCUCCCCCGUUUUUCUCUCUCUUCCUCAACUCUCCUCCUCCGUCUCUCUCUCUAAAGUUGGCGCCACCUCCCAUGAACGCUCUUCAUUCUUCACUUGUUAGAUCAGCGAUGCCAAAGCUCCUUACACAAUCGAAAUUUAUGGACAUCUACUCACACUGAUCUAUACGUAUACAUCGGGAAACAAACAAGAGAACAUGUGGCGAUCAUCGUUUCCGUUGCUGAAACAGGGCGUAGCGUCGGCGACGGCGAGUGGUAGGUGUAAUCCGGCAUCGUUUGGACCAACAAUAACCGCUUUCGUUGAAUCGAAUAAUGGAAGAAUGUGUGGCUGUUUGUUCUCGACUUCGGUCGGCGGAGGCGGAGGCGACGGAGUGGGGAGUGGAGGUAAUGGUGGUGAUCGUGCAUCAGUUGAGGAGGCGAAUAAGCUGAUGAAAUUGGUGGAUGUGGAGGCUUUGAAAUCGAAGUUAGGGGCAGGAGGUAAUGAGGUGGUUCGUUAUUCGGAGCUUUUACAGGCGUGCGAGAGUAUAGGCCUAUCGAAAUCUGCCGAGGAAGCGAAGGAGCUCGCGAAAGUUUAUGAUGACGCUGGUGUUAUUUUCAUCUUCAGAGAUAAAGCAUAUCUUCAUCCUCAUAAGGUGAUGGAUAUGGUUCGAAAGGCAGUUCCUCUUGCCCUGUUGCCUGAAAACGAUCCGAGUAAGGAAGAACUAAAAACGCUACAAGCAAAACAAGAAGCAAUCGAUGUGUUGGCACACAAGCAAGUCCGGCGAAUCCUCUGGGCUGGGCUAGGGGUCUCACUUGCACAUAUUUCGCUGUUUUUCCGUCUGACUUUUUGGGAAUUCUCAUGGGAUGUUAUGGAACCAAUCACAUUCUUCUGUGGAUCUUCUGGUUUAAUUAUAGGUUACGCUUACUUUCUUGUCACUUCAAGAGACCCUACGUAUCAAGAUUUCAUGAAGAGGCUGUUUUUGUCACGUCAAAGAAAGCUUAUCAAGAAGCAUAAUUUUGAUGUUCAAAGAUUCAUGGAGCUUCAGAAUAAAUGCAAAUCGACAUCUUUUAGCACAGCGUCGGGUUGCAGUGGUGGCGCCGGAAAAUCGGGUUCUCUUAUUUAG